AAUGAAGGGGAAAAAAUCGGCGAUUAUUUCUAUAAAUAAUCAACCUCUCUGCUGUGCAUUGCAUUUAGUCAAUCGCAGAGCAUUGAUAUGGCUAAGUGUUUAUAAUAUUCUCUUAAUUAAAUCAGUGUUGAUCGAACUGCGCGUAAUAAAAUAAUUAAUCGGACUGUGUUGAUUGAGUGUUGGUUGAUUUUAAAAUGCCUGUUCGACCGCUUAUCUGGAUCUGUUUUCUGAUGUUUUGCAAUGAUGUGAACUGUCUGACAUCGUCUAAUGAAGAUCAGACGAUUACGUUAGAAGAAUGCCUUCGUAUGCUGCCCGAGAAUAGCAGCGUAAUCCAAAGUCAAAUGAAACCAAAAUCAAAGUGUGAAACUAACGGUUGUGUGAAAGUGGCCGCACAGAUAUUGGAUUACAUCGACAGCAACCUCGAUCAAUGCGAGAACUUCUAUCAAUUCGCAAAUGGUCGGUUCAUAAACGAAACCACCAGCGAGACUGAAGACGAUGAAUCGCAGAGUCUCUACUCAACCGUUUCGGAUUUGGUGAACAAAAAAGUUGGUCCGCUGCUGAGCGAACCUAUACAGCCGAACGAAUGGAAACCAUUUCAGUUGGCCAAGAAUUUUUAUGCGUCUUGUGUGAAUCAGAAGAUCAUUGUCCGACGUGGAAAUCAAGAGUUGAUCGAUCUUUUGGAUGCGCUCGAGGGUUGGCCGGCAGUAAAGGGUAGCUCAUGGUUGAGCCGUGAGUUCGAUUUGAUUCGGCUCAUGGGAAAAGUGAAGGAACUGGGAUUCGACACGGAUAUCAUUUUUGAUGUCAGCGUUGACGUGGAUCCGAAAAAUACGACCAACCGAGUGCUGCAUAUCUCGAGCGGAAGCUACGAAAUGGACGAAGAUAAUAGCAAAAAAGGCUUGGCGAAAUAUCGCCAGAAAAUGUUUCAAAAAUCGGCCAUUUUCACAGACAAAAAAGAUGAAAAGGCCAAAGUUAGGAUUAGAAAAGAAAUGGAAAAGGUUUGGUCUUUUGAGAAAAUGCUGAGCGAGAUAUCUUCUGAUACUGAUGAUGACGAAGAUGAAAGCGAUGACGCUGACACCAAUACUGAAAACGCAAUUGAUUCGGAUGAUGUUGAGGAUGAUUCUGAUGAGGAGGACGGUUCUGAUCCAGUUUAUUCGAUAAAGCAGCUCCAAGAAUCCUAUCCGUAUUUGAACUGGCUCGACUAUAUCAAUGCACUUCUGCCAAGCGGACUAAAUGUGACCGAAGACGAGCCCGUUGUGAAUAUGAGUCCACAAUUUUUUGAGAGACUGGCGAAAGUGAUGAAUGCAACAUCAGAACGCACAAUGGCCAAUUACAUUGUUUGGCGAGCGGUUUACAGCGCAUAUAAAUUGCAGACAUUUGAAAGUGGCAAGGCUCGUCGAGGGAAAUGUAUCAAUUUGACGUCAAAAAUCUUCUCAAUCCCAGUUGGCAUUUUAUACUCUCGCAAAUACUUUAACGAAAACUCACGGCAAGCAGUCAUCAGUUUAGUGGAAGAUGUGCGCCAAGCCUUCAUUGACAUACUCGCUGGCGUUACCUGGAUGGAUGAAGUAACGCGACAGAAAGCUAUCUCAAAAGCCGAAAAUAUCAUAGCGCAUGUUGGCUAUCCGAAUGAACUGUACGAAAAUGAUGGACUCGAAGAGUAUUACGCAGAGCUGGAAAUGGAACCUGACACGUUUUUCAAAAAUAAUUUGCGAUGGAAUUUAUUCAGCCUCAACCAUCAAUUGAACAGUUUGCGACAACCGGUUAAUAGAUCAGGAUGGGAGGAAGUUUUGGACUUGGAUCCAACUGAAGCUAAUGCUUUUUAUGAUCCUAGCAGAAACUCAAUGCAAUUUCCCAUCGCAAUCCUCCACGAACUGUUCUUCGCUAUGGACCGACCGCAAUACAUAAAUUAUGCGAGCUUGGGCAAUACAGUUGGACACGAAAUUACCCACGGCUUCGAUGACAACGGACGAAAGUAUGAUCUCAACGGAAAUUUGAUCAAUUGGUGGAACGCAGAGGCUAGGCGAAAAUUCUCAAAGGAAGCAGAAUGUUUCAUCGACCAGUACAACCAUUAUACCGAUCCCAAAACCAAUUUAACGGUUGACGGAGAUUACACACUGAACGAGAACAUGGCUGACAACGGUGGUACCCGAGCUGCUUACUACGCAUAUCUAAAUUGGAUUCAACGGAACGGUGCUGAAAGCCUUGUACCGGGUGUAAAGUAUAAUCAAAAGCAACUGUUUUGGAUUUCCUACGCUCAAGCGGAAAGUUCUGUGGAUGGUCAGACUUCGUUCACUUAUCUCAUCGAAAACGAUUCGCAUGCACCAAAUGAGUUUCGGGUCAAUGGAGUAGUUAGUAAUCUACAGGAGUUUGCAAAUGAUUUUAAUUGUCCUGUCGGCACCAAAAUGAACCCGCUGAAGAAGUGCAGAGUGUGGUAGUGAUGAUAUGAUUUAAUGUAUGAAUACGCAAAUGAAAUGAUUCACAAACGUAAACUGAUAUUUUGUAUAAGCCGCUACAAAGAU